CCGAUACGCUGCCGGCCGACCGCCGGUCUCCCAUUACAGUACCCCCUCCACUGGAGUCUCCUACUUAUAGACUUCGUAGUUUCCACAGCAAGUCGACGGAAGUAGAUAGCGCUUCAGUCGCCCUUCUGCAGGGAAAUCAGGGAAACGCAUGGGUUUCUUUCUUCAUGGCUAGUGGUGUAUACUAGACGCUGGAAUCAUGAAGCUUAACGUAUCCUACCCGGCGACAGGAUGCCAGAAAUUAUUCGAGAUUUCGGAUGAACAUAAACUUCGUAUGUUUUAUGAGAAACGUAUGGGAGCAGAAGUUGAAGCUGACGGAUUGGGCGACGAAUGGAAAGGUUACGUUGUACGCAUUUCGGGAGGAAAUGAUAAACAAGGAUUUCCCAUGAAACAAGGUGUCCUCACCAACGGACGUGUUCGUUUGCUAUUGUCCAAGGGCCAUUCCUGCUACAGACCUCGUCGUGAUGGAGAGAGGAAACGCAAGUCUGUGAGGGGUUGCAUUGUUGAUUCCAACUUGAGUGUUUUGGCCUUAGUGAUAACUAAAAAAGGAGAACAGAUCUAUUGUGUAAAUUUUUUAAUGCUAAACCAACAGGAAAUUCCCGGUUUGACUGACAACUCCAUCCCCAGACGCUUGGGACCUAAGAGAGCCUCCAAGAUCAGAAAACUUUUCAAUCUUACCAAGGAAGAUGAUGUAAGACAGUAUGUUAUCAAACGUACAUUGCCAGGGAAGGAUGGAAAGAAACGCCAUAAGGCACCAAAGAUCCAGAGAUUGAUUACUCCUGUGACUCUGCAGCGCAAGAGACACCGUUUGGCAUUGAAGAAACGAUAUGCUCAAAGGCGUAAGGAACAGGCUGCAGAGUAUGCAAAACUGCUUGCCCAGCGCCAGAAGGAAGCUAAGGUUCGCCGUCAAGAAGAGAUCAAGAGACGCCGUUCUGCAUCUCUCCGUGAUUCUAAAUCGAGUGCUGGUGGGCAAAAGUAAAUUGUAUAAUAAACCAGAUAAUAAAAUGUUUUGGUAGCACCGUGUUUUGUUACACACUAUUUCUUUAUUCCUCAUAUUGCCUUGGUAUUCAGAUAUACUAAUUGACACAAACAAUUCGUAGGAGAGUUCAGAGAGUGCUUGAGUGCAAAUUUACUGUAUUUGGUUUUGCCUUUAUAGAAUUUUAAUAUCAAGUGUCCCAGAAGUAUAGUUUCCACUUCUAUAAUUCCUCCUUUUGUAUUUAGUUAAAAUUUCAUUCAAAACUUUCGGGAUUAUAGGCCAAAUGCAAUUUAAUUAAGCUUGCUUCAAAUGAAAAUUAUUUCAUUUCUUCAGUGCCACAAUUUUUGGUAUUCCAGUUCUUAAUUUGAGGAUCUGAGCAGGCAAGAACGGCAUUCUUUCUGUACAAAUUGCAAUCCACUAUAGGGCAAAUACUGUUGAAAGUACAUUUUGCUGCUUGAUAAUUUGAUAUAAUUUAUCGUAAGCGUAGUAAUCCCUUAUGGCACCUAGACACUAGUGAUGUGUUGUAGAGGAACACAAAUGUGAUAUGGCAAGAGCGCUUUGGCAUUUCCGCAUAUAAUACAGUUCAUCUAUGAAGCAUGUCAAAACAAGUCUGGCCUUACUGGUCAGAAAUCCCCUUCCUAUUGGCAUGUCGCCUUGAUGAAAAUUCCUAAUGUGAUCUAAGCUUGCAAGUAUUAGAAUUUUUUUUCUUGUCAUUUUAACACAAAUUACAUGUUGCCAGUUCAGUAAUGAACUAGACCUUAGUCUUAUUGUUACUCCUUGUCUCGAUGGGUUAAUGCUAAAUGCUCUAGUUUUCACACCUAAGAAAAUUUCGUUUUUUAUAAUGCUACUGCAUUCAGAAUUCAACAUAUAAUGGGUUAGAGUAGGGACACCAGAAUUUACAAAACAAACAUUUAAUUCUCCCCGUAAUGUCACUGUUUUCUGUUUAAGAUGUUACAUAAAAAAUACAAAUAAAACCAAGCCUCAAUGGUAGCAUGUUAAUCGACUAAGAGACUAAUUCAAC